AUGACCUCCAUGGUGUUCAUUGAAAAUACAACAUUUAUUCACCCCCCAACAUUUUACAUCAAUGGAUUGUACAACAUGCAACAUGCAAAGUAUUACUAUGCAUUUUUAUGUUUUGUGUACGCUGUGACUGUUUUAGGGAAUUCUUUUAUAAUGGGCACUAUAUUUCUGGCACGUACUCUGCAUACAGCAAAGUAUAUAGCUGUCUUUAACUUGGCCUUUUCUGAUCUGUGUGGAAGCUCUGCUCUUAUUCCAAAGUAUGCAUACAUGUUUCUGCUUGAGAACCAGUACAUAGCUUAUGAAGACUGUCUGGCAAGCAUGUUUUUUGUUUUUCUUUUUAUGAUCAUGCAGUCUUUUACUCUGCUUGCUUUGGCCUUUGACAGAGUAAUUGCUAUAUGUUUUCCUCUGAGGUAUCAUGAGAUUGUCACUAAAACCACAAUGACUCUCAUCAUUGUUGUUAUGUGGGUCAUCUCUGCAACAAUUAUUGCUGUUUCUGUAGCUCUGAUUACCAGACUGUCGUUCUGUAGAUCUACAACUGUUGGCAGCUAUUUCUGUGAUCAUGGUCCCAUCUACAGAUUAGCCUGCAAUGAUUAUUCUCCUAAUUAUAUGAUGGGCAGUAUCUAUACUGCUUUUGUGCUUUGCAUUCCAUUCAUACUGAUAGCUUUCUCAUAUGUUUGUAUUGGUGUUGCACUGCUUAAGAUCUCACAUGGUGCUGAGAGAAUUAAAGCUAUGAAAACCUGCACUUCCCAUCUCAUCUUAGUGGCAAUGUAUUAUCUACCAAUCUUUAGCAUUUAUAUGGUUGCUAUUUCAACAUACCUACAUCCCAAUACUAGAAUAAUCAACUCCGCUCUGGCACAAGCAAUUCCACCCAUGUUAAACCCCAUUAUAUACACUCUGAAGACAGAGGAGGUAUUGCAGUCUAUUAAAAUACUCUAUAAACGUGUCAAGGUAAACUUUGCAAUGGACUAG